AUGCCCGUGCAGCCCCCCCCUUUACACCCACGCCCAAACACUACAGCAAACCCCGCUUGCCCUCCCCUUUCUUUGCCGCUGCCCCUCCCCAGCCCAAACACUGGCACAAGAAUCCGAACUGGGCCCCCUGGGGGGGCCCCCUGGGGCCCCCGGGGCCCUGGGGUCCCCCAGGGCUCUGGGGGCCCCGAGGGCCCCGCGGGCCCCGGGGGCCCCGGGGGCCCCUGGAGCCCCCAGGGGCACCAGGGCCCCCAGGGCUCCCAGGGCCCCUGGGGCCCCGAGGGCCCCCAAGGGGGGCAGGGGCCCCCGGGGGCCCCGGGCUUUCAGGGGUUCAAGCGGCCCCUGGGGCCUGAGGGGGGCCCCCAGCAGCUGCAGCUUCCCUACGGUAUCAGCAGCAGCAGCAGCAGCAACGCGCAGAGGUGCCCCUCAGACAUGUCUGGCGGGCCCGAGACCCCUCCUCCGUGCAGCAGCAGCAGCUGCUGCAGCAACAGCAGCAACUGCAGCAACAGCAGCAACAACCACCGAUUCUGCAGGAUGGAUGAAGGGCCCCCUUUGCUGCAGCAAAACUCUUACAGGGGAGCGACCCACCUGUCUUAUGACGCUCAGGGCUUGCCUUUAUCGCAGCAGCAGCAGCAGCAGCAGCAGAGUCAGUUGCUGCAGCGGCAGCAGAUGCAGCAGCACCAGGACCAACAGCAGCAGCAGAUGCUCCUGAACGGCAGGCAGGAGCAGCCCAAUGAGCAUCAGCAGCAGCUGCAACAGCAGCAGCACCAGCAGCUGCAGCAGCACCAGCAGCUGCAGCAGCUGCAGCAGGCCGAGCAACAACAGCAGCAUCAGAUGUACCCGCAGCCACACAACCCCUGCAGCCAACAGCCCUACAAUUACUACCCGCAGCAGCAGCAGCAGCAGCAGCAGCGCGCGGCUGGAAGCUCCUACGGGCGUAACUACCAGCUCAGUGAGAGAGAAGCAGCAGCAGCAUUUCAGAAGCGGCAGCAGCAGCACCACGCCCACAUAUGCGGCAGCGAGGACCUUGCUGCUGCUGGCAGCACAGAUGCUGUUCCAGCAGCAGCAGCAACAGCGGCAGCAGCAGCAGCAGCAGCAGGCACAGCAGCAGCAGCAGCAGGUUGGCGCUCCCCGGACCACGCGCCCGCCUACAUCUCCUCGCCGAGAGGCUCAGACUGCAGCAGCAGCAGCAGCGUCUACGGCAGCUGCUACAACAUGCCCAGAAGCAGCAGCAGCAGCAGCAGCAGCAGCCGCUGCGGCCCAUUUCAGCCGCGAGAAGACCGCCGCAGCAGCCGGGCGAAGCUUUUGGACUCUUUGCGCAGCACAGGGGCAGUUUUGCCUGUGACGGAGAGCAGCAGCAGCAGCAGCAGCAGCAGCGGCAGCGGCAGCAGCAGCAGCCCCCAGCAGCAGCAGCAGCAACAGCAACAGCAGCAGCAGGAGCAGGAGGCUCCUUUUCCUCUCAGUCUUAUGGGCAAAAAAACGGAGCCCAGAAAGCAUUACGUUGGGUCUGGGGGUUUGCUGCCAGGAGACUGUCAAUGGUUUAGCUCGGGGGCCCCCCGGGGGGCCCCCCAUGGGGGCCCCUGCGGCUGCAGCAGCUCUAGGCGGUCAGAUGAGGGCAGCUGCUGCAGCACGCCUCGUUCUGCGGUCAGCAGCAGCAGCAGCGUGAGCAGCAGCAGCAGCAGCAGCAGCUGCUGCUGCAGCGCGAGGGAGCGGCGGCUGCUGCAAAACCAAAGCAGCAUAUUUGGGCCUCCGUCGCCCAAUGAUACUUCAAGUGUACAUACACCUCAGCUGCGAACCAACGAUUGCUGCCUUAUCAAUAAAGAGGCAGAUAAGUACAGAAGACAGCAACAGCUUUCGAACCCGCAGUUCUCUGACCUCUUUGGCAGAGAAACACCCAACCCCCGUGCUGCUGCUCCUGCUGCUCCUCCUGCUGCUGCUGCUCCUGCUGCGGCUGCAGCAGAAGGAUGUCCAGAUACUCAGCGCUCUCUGGCCUCCAAGACAGAUAUAACGGCUCAUGAACGAUUUCAAAGGGCCAUGAGGUCCGCCAUAGACAUGGGCACACUGCCACCGCUGCCGACUUCGAGAGCUCGGCAGCAGCCUGCUGACGCCUCAUUUGCUGCGCAGCAGCGGCGCGAGCUGCUGCAGCUGACAGCAGCAGGAAAAGGGCAGCAGUUUCACCACCAGAGCAGGGUUUUUGCAGAGGGUGUUGCUGGCAGCAGCAGCAGCAGCAGACAGCAGCAGCAAGACGACGUGCAGCUCGUUACUCUCUCGCUCUCCGGCCUGCCGCGGUCAAUUCAAGAGCAGGACAUCUUCAGGAUAGUGCAGCGAGCCCACAGCAGCAGCAGCAGCAGCAGCAGCAGCAGCGGUGCUGCAGCAGCAGGAUCGAAAUGUCCUUCUUUGAAAAUUCACGCAUUCUGGCGGUCUGAGUCGCCUGGAGCAAAUAAUUGGCCGCCUCGGGGAGCACAACAUAAGGGCGCAAGUAGAAAGUCCAAAAAUAUAAAAAAGUAA